GUUGCCGGCGUCGGUAAGUACUGUUUGCCUUCAUUCCAAAAGACUCGUUUUGUACUGUCACUGCCACACAGCACGGCCACUGCUUGAAACCGCGAGACAAAGCUGCUGAUCAACACGAGUAGAUAACAAUGCUUGCUGCAAUAACUCCGAAAUUGCCUUGAAGAUGUGCCAGAGAUGCCUAUUGGCUUAGACCGAGUCGCAAAGCCGUCAGUUGGAGCUCCGUCGUCCAUAGAAUCAGAGUUAUAAUAAAUGUGCUGUGGGUACAACAGCUAUAAAUUCGUAAUAUAACAGUCGAUUACAAUAGCAGCACAGGCGCACGGAAGGCGGGAACCCAAAUGUCGACGACAUUGUUGUCCUAUCUGUCAACUCUUUUUGGACGAGAGGACCGAUCUGACUGUACAGUAUUGUUUUACAUUAACCAAGGAGAUAGUCCCGGCAAGGAGACCAGGAAGCGCCGGAGGUCAGGGUCUGCGGAUUCAUCCCAGGGAGAGGAUGAGGAGGAUGAACACGGUUCUCCCGAGCCCCCAGCCACGGUUGGCGACCCGCUUCCCGCCCACCAGCUGGUGCUAUGCGGUGGAUCUCCCCGCUUCGCGGCCCAGGCGGACCGCUGGGUGACGGAGCGCGGCCCUGGGACCAAGCCAGAGCUGCGCGUUCCGCUGGGCAGUCAGGAGGAGCUGCCGUACGCCAUGGCAGCCUUGCAGUACAUCUACAGCGGCAAGCUCGACGUCAACACGACGGAAGGCCUCCUCAAAGUUCGCCGCCUUGCCGCCUACCUGCAAGUGGAGGGCUGCGUGGAGGCGUGCGGAGCUGCCCUGACGGCCCGCGU